CCAAGUUUGACAUUUAACUUUGAGCACAGUAUUGCGCCAAUCCAUGGACAUUCAUGCCCAUGUUUUCGAGGCAGAAACAAAUCCAGCACCGUUCCACAAGGAGAAUUGAUCCCGGAUUUCCAAAGCAAAAUGGCGGACUUACUCUCCAAGGAAGAAAUGGAAGACAUGGGCUUGGACAACGAGCAAGUCCUGGUGCUGAAACGGUGCUUUGAUGGUUUUGCCGAUGAGGAUGGAGCCAUUCCAGCGGAGAACGUAGGCAACAUUCUUUCCCUCAUGGGCCUCAAAGUCAAGCCCACUGCUUUAAGAGAAAUCAUUGAGGAGAUAGAUGAAGAUGGCUCCGGUUUGCUUGAAUUCGGCGAGUUUUGCCAAUUGGCGGCACGAUUUCUAAUUGAAGAGGACGAGGAAGCCCUGAAAAAAGAAUUGAAAGAAGCCUUCCGAAUUUACGACAAAGAAGGCAAUGGCUACAUCUCAACCGACACUUUGAAAGAAAUCCUCAAAGAAUUAGACAACAAGCUCACUGCUGCUGAUCUGGAUGGUAUUAUUGAGGAGGUGGACGAGGACGGCUCGGGGACUUUGGACUUUGACGAAUUUAUGGAUAUGAUGGCGGGAUGAACGAGCUAUUCCAGUGGAGACGACGGCAUAUCGGUGAAUAUUGAUUUGUCUGCUACAAAGAACUUCCAUGCCAUUUAUAAAUACAUUGAAAACUAUUUUGAUCAUUCCAUUCCGAAAUAUUUGAAAUAAAUGCGAUUGUGCUGAUGGUGAA